CCGCCGCACGCAGGGCUCGAGUGGCGGCGGCGGCUCCCGACGCGCUCCCGCUCCGCCCCCUGCGCUGCCCGACGGGAGGUGCGAUGGCUUCCCGCAAGAGCUCCAGAGCCACCGGCGGCAGCCCCAGCCCCGGCUCCAAGAGAGAGACUAAGCAUGGAGGAGGCAAGAAUGGAAAGAAAGAAGGCCUCUCUGGAAGCUCAUUUUUCACCUGGUUUAUGGUAAUUGCUUUGCUGGGAGUUUGGACAUCAGUAGCAGUUGUCUGGUUUGAACUUGUAGAUUAUGAAGAAGUUCUAGGAAAGCUUGGGAUAUAUGAUGCUGAUGGAGAUGGAGAUUUUGAUGUGGAAGAUGCUAAAGUAUUGCUAGGCCUUAAAGAAAGAUCUGUCCCAGCACAGCCAGCAUCACCAGAAUCUGAGGAGACUGUCCAGCCUGCUGAAAAGUCAUAUGUCGAAUCAGAGCACAAGACUGCUGACAUAGAAUUGGAAGAGGAGAUUCAAUCUGUUCUUCAUGAAGCUCUCCAUUCCCAUCCUGGAGAGAGACAUGAAGACGUAGAUGAAAGUGUAAGUGACCAGUGGCAAGUAAAGGAAGAAAUACAUGGAGAAACUUUUGAAGCUCCUGCAACAGAUGACAUGCUCAGAGAAUUUGAGACUGAAAUUUCACAAGCAUAUGAGACACCAGACUCAGUUCAGAAAGAUGCUGAUCCUAUGGUGGAAGAUAUUGGAGCAGUGGAGUCUGAAUCAUACGAAAUUCCAGCCUUAGAUGAUUAUGUUGCAGAUUUGGAAGAGAGAGUAAGCGAUCCAGACACUCCAGGUGACUCUGAGAUAAUGCCAGAAGAUGCUGUGGAACAUUAUGCAGAGGAUAGAGUGCAUGAAGAUUACAGUGAAGACCAAGAACCAAAACAUGAAAAGCAGACUGAGACUCAAGAUACAGAGGAAAUUAAUGAAGAUUUUGAUAUUGCUAAAGACCUCUCAGGAAUAGAAAGUAAGCAAACAGAAGAUGAUGUGGCCAUUGAACCAGAGGAAUCAGAAAAACCUGUUAAAGCUGAAGAUUAUUCAGAUGAUGUUCAAGUGGGGAAAAGUGAAAAAGAAACUGAACAAGACAAAACAGAAAAAGCUAAAAAGAAGAAGAAGCCAAAGCUCUUAAACAAGUUUGAUAAGACCAUUAAAGCUGAACUAGAUGCUGCAGAAAAACUACGUAAAAAAGGAAAAGUUGAAGAAGCUUUAAGGGCCUUUGAAGCAUUAGUGAAUCAAUAUCCACAAAGUCCUCGAGCAAGAUACGGGAAAGCACAGUCUGAAGAUGACCUAGCUGAGAAAAUGAGGAGCAAUGAGAUGCUGCAACAAGCUAUCAACACCUAUGAUGAGGUGGUUAGUCUGCCAAAUGUCCCUUCAGACCUGAUAAAACUGAGCUUGAAGCGAGAAGCAGACAGGCAACAGUUCCUUGGUCGCAUGAGGGGCUCCCUGGUUACUCUACAGAAAUUAGUUCAGCUGUUUCCCAGUGAGACUUCAUUCAAGAAUGACCUUGGUGUUGGUUACCUCUUGAUAGGAGACAACAGCAAUGCUAAGAAAGUCUAUGAAGAGGUUCUAAGUCUGGCUCCAAAUGAUGGCUUUGCCAAAGUACAUUAUGGCUUCAUCCUGAAAGCAGAAAACAAGAUAGCAGAGAGCAUACCUUAUCUACAGGAAGGACUGGAGUCUGGUGACCCUGGCACAGAUGAUGGACGUUUUUAUUUUCACCUGGGUGACGCGUUACAGAGAAUGGGAGACAAAGAGGCAUACAAGUGGUAUGAACUUGGAUACCAAAGAGGUCACUUUGCAUCAGUUUGGCAGCGCUCCCUCUACAAUGUCAAGGGACUGAAAGCUCAGCCUUGGUGGACAGCAAGGGAAACUGGGUAUACAGAACUGGUGAAGUCCUUAGAGAAAAACUGGAAGCUCAUUCGGGAUGAAGGUCUUGCUGUGAUGGAUAAGAAACGAAGCCUCUUCCUGCCUGAAGAUGAGAACCUGCGGGAAAAAGGAGACUGGAGCCAGUUUACCUUAUGGCAACAAGGAAGAAAAAAUGAGAAUGCUUGUAAAAGUGUUCCGAAAACGUGUGCUUUAUUGGAAAGAUUCCCAGAAGCUACUGGCUGCAGAAGAGGGCAGAUCAAAUAUUCUAUCAUGCACCCAGGGACUCAUGUCUGGCCCCACACAGGGCCCACCAAUUGUCGGCUGAGGAUGCAUUUGGGCUUGGUGAUCCCUAAGGAAGGCUGCAGAAUACGGUGUGCCCAAGAGCACAGAGACUGGGAAGAAGGGAAAGUUCUUAUUUUUGAUGACUCCUUUGAACAUGAAGUAUGGCAGGAUGCUGAAAGUUACCGCCUGAUAUUCAUUGUGGAUGUGUGGCACCCUGAGUUGACAGCUCAACAGAGGCGUACCCUUCCUGCUAUUUAGGGGCUUUCUUCUGAGGUGUGGAGCAGAGGAGUAUUAACUCCUUUGGAGUAUGAAAAUAGGAUUAAUUUAUCCAGCAUACAAAGUAUACAAGCAUUUUAAGGGUAAGGAAAGAUAAGGAUGACAUUCUACAAUCAAAGUGGACUUGGUUUAAAAGCAGAAAGAAGCCAUGUUUUGUUUCAAACUGAUACAGCACUGAUGUGUAUUGUUUUUCUGGCUGCAAGUCUGAAAACACAAGUUUUGUCAGCCAAAAAGCAAUAGAUCUGGAUUUUCAAGCUGAGGAAUGUGCAGAUGUUUUUGCCAUGCCUGUAUUUUCUUUACAAAACCAGUCAGUCAGUCACCUGCUUGACUGUGUUUAAGCACAUGAUUUAUGAUUUUACAUCUAGGGAAU